CCCGUCUCUGUCGUGGAAGAUGGAAAGGCUUCCUACUAAGGCGCGCCAGGCCUGUGGCGCUUGCAAGAAACACAAACGUAAAUGCGACAAAGUCUUACCAGUCUGUGGUCUCUGUGCCCGGACUGAGCGUGCUUGCGAGUAUGGUGAGAGUCCUAAGCCAUCUCCCUCUGCGGAGGAGUUUGCAGCCCUAUAAGCCAGAAUGGCGGAACUUGAAAAUCGUCUCAGUAGUACUUUCAGGAGUUCUGGUUCGAUUCCGAGUCUCGCGCAGAUUUCCAGCAGCCCAACAACAUGGACGGAUGACACGCCCACUCCCCGAUUCCCGUCCGCGUUGUUUCUGGAUGCUGACUGCUAUGAGUGGG